UGAUUAGCAAUUGCUUUGCGUCACUUCCGGUUGUUAGUCUUUUUCUUCAGGCAUCUGUCGGUGGAGGCUCCCGCGUGUUUAUACACUCACAGAUGAAGGAGUCGAUAAUGAAUCAGGAGAAGCUCGCCAAACUGCAGGCGCAGGUCCGCAUAGGUGGAAAGGGGUCAGCCCGCAGAAAGAAGAAGGUGGUGCACAGAACAGCAACAGCAGAUGACAAAAAGCUGCAGUUCUCUCUCAAGAAACUGGGUGUCAACAACAUUUCUGGCAUUGAGGAGGUGAAUAUGUUCACAAACCAGGGAACAGUGAUCCAUUUCAAUAAUCCAAAAGUUCAGGCCUCUUUGGCUGCCAACACCUUCACAAUCACAGGACAUGCUGAAAACAAGCAGCUCACAGAGAUGCUCCCGGGAAUCUUGAACCAGCUGGGAGCUGACAGUCUGACAAGCCUGAGAAGAUUAGCAGAAACUCUUCCCAAACCAGCUGGAGAAAACAAAGCUCCCGUUGUCGCCGUCGAAGAUGAGGAUGACGAAGUUCCAGAUCUUGUUGAGAACUUUGACGAGGCAUCAAAGAACGAGGCAAACUAGCCAGGGGCCAGCCCUCGUCACCAGUCUGACCAGCUUUCAGACCAGAUCCUUCUGUCACACCACUCUCUACCACAGUUGUGCUUGGAGUUAAUCACCUCUGUCAAUGCUUUGUGGCUGCUUAGAGAACCUCUUUUUAAUCACACCACCUACAGUUGCUGUAGUAAAAGUUAAAAAAAAAAAAAAAAGAAAUCAACUUUUUAAGACAAAUGUUUCCAGCGCCUUUGUCUUAUUCAGCUAAUCCUGUAGUACAGGGUAUAUUAUUUAAUCAAUCAAAUGUGCAGACCAUUUUGUUUCUCCCACCGUCUCUCCCGUGUUGUGAUGCCUACACAUCGAAAAUGUACUGUUGGAAUUAUUCAUGUAAUAAAGAUAAUGUUAACAUUU